GACGCUUAUAUGUGCGCCCUUCUCCCCUCUCCUCGAUUUCUUCUGCGCCAGGGGAAACCUAACGAACGACGACGAAUUGGUGGAUUUCGAUCAGGAGUGAGAGCUCGAGGAAGGGGUUGGGCACCACUUCGCACCAUCUCUGUGGUUUCCUUGAGAGAUCCCCGUUUCUUUUCGUACCGGAGACUCUAUUUAUAUAUAUAAAACAUGAGCGUCGUGGGAUUUGAUGUCGGGAACGAGAGCUGCAUCGUUGCGGUGGCCCGGCAACGCGGCAUCGAUGUGGUUCUUAACGACGAAUCGAAGCGUGAGACCCCUGCCAUCGUCUGCUUCGGCGAGAAGCAGCGGUUUAUUGGGACUGCCGGCGCCGCAUCGUCGACGAUGAACCCCAAGAAUUCGGUCUCGCAAAUCAAGCGCCUGCUUGGUCGGAAAUUUUCAGAUCCAGAGGUACAGAAGGAUAUCCAGUCUUUUCCCUUCAGGGUAACCGAAGGGCCUGAUGGGUUUGCGCUGAUCCACGCAAACUACCUUGGGGAGCAGAGGGCGUUCACUCCGACGCAAAUUCUUGCUAUGGUUCUCUCUAACCUGAAGAGCAUUGCUGAGAAGAAUCUAAAUGCAGCAGUGGUCGACUGCUGCAUUGGAAUUCCGGUUUACUUCAAUGAUCUCCAGAGAAGGGCGGUGAUGGAUGCUGCUACCAUCGCUGGUCUGCACCCUCUCCGCUUGUUUCAUGAGACUACUGCUACUGCAUUGGCAUAUGGAAUCUAUAAGACGGACCUGCCAGAGAAUGACCAGCUUAAUGUAGCUUUUGUCGAUGUGGGUCAUGCAAGCAUGCAGGUGUGUGUCGCUGGUUACAAGAAGGGACAAUUGAAGAUCUUGGCACAUGCUUAUGAUCAGUCUCUUGGUGGUAGAGAGUUUGAUGAAGUGCUCUUCAGUUACUUUGCUGCCAAGUUCAAGGAUGAGUAUAAAAUUAAUGUGUAUCAGAAUGCCCGGGCCUGUCUCAGGCUCCGCACGGCCUGUGAGAAGCUGAAGAAGGUUCUCAGUGCAAAUCCAGAGGCUCCACUGAACAUUGAGUGCUUGAUGGAUGAGACGGAUGUGAGAGGCUUCAUUAAAAGAGAUGAGUUUGAGAAGAUCAGCAUCCCCAUUUUAGAACGAGUAAGGGGACCUUUAGAGAAGGCUCUUUCAGAGUCUGGGCUGAGCGUGGAGAAUAUUCACACAGUUGAAGUUGUUGGGUCAGGGUCCCGUGUUCCAGCUAUUAUCAAGAUUUUGACAGAGUUCUUCGGGAAAGAGCCUAGGCGUACCAUGAAUGCAAGUGAAUGUGUUGCUCGGGGCUCUGCCCUCCAGUGUGCUAUUCUGAGUCCCACAUUCAAAGUGCGGGAAUUUCAGGUUCAUGAGAGCUUCCCUUUCCCAAUAGCCUUAUCAUGGAAAGGAUCUGGCACUGACUCUCAGAAUGGUGGAACAGAAAAACAACAGAGUACAGUUGUGUUUCCAAAAGGGAACCCACUUCCCAGUGUCAAGGCUAUUACAUUCUUUAGAUCUAGUACAAUCACUGUUGAUGCUGUGUACACUGACUCAUCUGAUGUGCAAGUUCCAGCCAAGAUCAGCACUUACACGAUUGGACCUUUCCUGUCCAGCAAAGGAGAGAAGGCUAAGCUGAAAGUAAAAGUUCAUUUAAAUCUCCAUGGAAUUGUUUCCAUUGAGUCAGCUACUAUGUUGGAGGAGGAAGAAGUUGAAGUUCCAGUCUCAGCUGCAGUGGAGCCACCGAAGGAAUCUACAAAAAUGGACAUGGACGAACUCACUAAUGACGUCUCAAAAACUGAAACUGAUGUAAAAAUGGAGGACUCAAAGAAUGCAGCUAAUAAUUCUUCUGGUGAGGUUGACACUGCAGUACCAGAGUCUGAUGAGAAACCUGCACAGAUGGAAACUGAUAACAAGGUUGAAGCACCCAGAAAGAAGGUAAAGAAAACUAAUGUACCUGUGGUGGAAUUGGUUUAUGGUGGGAUGUCGGCUGAAGAUUUGCAAAAGGCUGUUGAAAAGGAGUUUGAAAUGGCCCUUCAAGAUCGAGUGAUGGAGGAGACCAAAGAGAAGAAAAAUGCUGUCGAGGCAUAUGUCUAUGACAUUCGAAACAAACUUUAUGAUAAGUAUCAGGAAUUCGUAAUGCCAUCAGAGAAAGAUGAACUUAUUGCAAAGCUCCAGGAAGUUGAGGAUUGGUUGUAUGAGGAAGGCGAAGAUGAAACGAAGGGUGUUUAUGUUGCCAAGCUUGAGGAGCUUCAAAAGCAAGGUAACCCAAUUGAGGUGCGUUAUAAGGAGUGGACAGAGAGAGGUCCUGCAAUUAAUCAACUUGUUUAUUGCAUCCAUAGUUUCAGAGAAGCAGCCUUGUCGAAAGAUCCGAAGUUUGAUCACAUUGAAGUAGCAGAGAAGCAGAAGGUUGUCAGUGAGUGUAGCGAAUCAGAAGCAUGGCUUAGGGAGAAACAGCAGCAGCAGGAUGCCUUACCCAAAUAUUCCACUCCGGUUCUUCUCUCUGCGGAUAUAAAGAGAAAGGUCGAGGCACUAGACAGGUUUUGUAAACCAAUAAUGACAAAGCCACGACCUGUUCCAGCAAAACCGCAGACCCCACCAACUGCUGCACCCGGAGAGCAAUCUCAAGCUCAUGAAGGAGAGAAUGCAUCAGGGGAGCCCAUGGCCGAAGAGGACAGUCAUGCACCGCCUCAACCAGCCCCAGAGCCAAUGGACACCGACAAAUCGGAGACUGUACCUUCAGCAUAGAAACAUUGGUACCAUGCUUGUCAUUUAGCCUUCUACUCCAAAAUCGUCUUCGAUGUCAGCAUUCUAGCAACAAGAGAUGGUUUCUUCUUAAGGUCUUGAGUGCACGAUUGAGAUAUUUCUCUAAGAAUUGAGCCGAUGUAUUGAACAGAAAACCCUUGAGAGUCAGAUCCGAACCCCCCACGAGAAAUUUUUUUUUAGUGAUUCAUUGAUGACGGGGAAGUGCAAAUUUUGAGCAGCCCCUUUUUUCCUGUGUUUUCUCCUCCCCGAAACAUGUAUGACUAGUGAUAUUUCCCAUGUCAUAGUUAAGCUGCUUUUGCCACUGCUCAUCUC